AUGCCAUGCAGACUAAGCAAGACCCGGCAACUUAGGGGCCAUGUGAGCCACGGCCAUGGCCACGGCCACAUCGGCAGACACCAGAAACACCCGGGAGGCAGUGGUAAUACUGAUGGCGUGCCCCACCACAGGAGCAACUUGGACAAAUAUCACCCGGGGUACUUUGGGAAAAUUGGUAUGAGGCAUCACCACUUAGAGAGGAACCAGAGCUUCUGCCCACCUGUCAGCCUAGAUAAAUUGUGGACCGUGGUCAGUGAGCAGACAUGGGUAAAUGCUGCCAAGAAUAAGACUGGAGCUGCUCCUAUCAUUGAUGUGAUGCGAUCAGGUUACUACAAAGUUCUGGGAAAGGGAAAGCUCCCAAAGCAGCCUGUCAUCAUGAAGGCCACAUUCUUCAGCAGAAUUGCUGAGGAGAAGAUUAAGGGUGUGGGUGGGGCUUGUGUCCUGGUAGCUUGA